GCAAGGCAAAAUCGAAGAAGGACCUGAAAAUCACCAGCCUAGGAAAUCCAAGUAACUCUCUGCACCACGAAACUCCUUCGCUGAAAUCCAAGGAAACAUGUCUUUGCAUCCUGGUUAGUUCAGCUGCAGAGUCUCGAGCGAAUCGUUAUCGAUAUUGCCGUGCCACAACAGGAUCUUUUGGGUGCUCGGUUUGUUUGGCUGAAAAAAUACGUUUCGUAAACCGUGGUAUCCGGUGCGGUCGAUUGCACACAGUGUUUUGUGGCCACCUCCUGCGAAUUGCACGAGGAUGAUGCCGGUUGUCUCGAGCGAACGAUGAAGCAACUCACGAAGCUAUCCUUCCGUGCAGAGUAGUAUGAACGCGAACCGAUCAAUCGCGGAGGAAGCAGAACGCAUCCGCAAAAUGAAGCAAGGAGCUACGCCAGGACACCGUUUGCUAACUCGGAGCAACACUGGCAACGGCACACAGAAUGUGCUGCUGAAAGUGUUGAACCGAGAACACUCGGGCUACUUUUCCACCGGACUGAACAAGCGUUCGCACCAGCAACCGUACCAGGAAGUUCCCGAACACCUUCAAUACUGUUUGAAGGAUAUUGUGCCCUACUGCUUCCUGGACGGGCACAUCUUCAUGGGGUUAACCAGCUGCGGCCAGUUUCUCCUCAGCUAUCGACUGACCUACGACUACGAGGAAACAUUGGUGAAUGGCCUAAACUUUCUUUCCAACCACAAAUAUGAGCUUUACUUUUGGAUUUACCGGCCGCAUGAGCUGCUGAGUAAAUACUUUCACGUUUGCCUUUUCGACGAUCACGGAGUAGAUGAAAUCAAGUCGGUAUCUAUCACACAAUGGAAAACGGAUAGCCAGCUGCUCAUCGUGCACGGUGGCAAUCUGAACGAGGAGUCCGAUUCUUAUGUGACGAUGGUUCGCGUACCGAAGCUUGGCUGUCUGGAGUGUCGGAUCGUUCGCGAUGCACAGAGUGGAGACGAAGAGCGACAGGACAUACUGUGCAUUGGAUGCAACAUGACAAUUCACAUGAAGUACCGUAGCACGGAUUCCGGACCACGGUUCAACCCAAAGUUUAAUCUGAACUGCCCCGGAUACGUGAUAAUGAGCGAGAAUAGUUUCAUCCACACGAUACAUGUUGGGCUGGUGGUGCCCGAGAAAAAGGUGGUCCCAUCGGUUGCGCUCAGCUCAAAGUAUCUCGGCAAAACGGUACAACUGGCGGCAAAUGAACAGGAAUCCAAGCAGUGUGUAACGACGCCCCCAGAUAGAGGUGCGGUAAAGGUGCCCAAUACCGCCAAACCUCACGGCAGUCAAUUGACUGUGGCCCAGCAGCAAUGGAAAAAGAGCGAACUAGAAGGACUACGCUCCACGCCAAAAUUGGAGAUGAGCAUUGCCGAGCAAAUUAUUGCCGAUUUUGCAGAAUACGAGACUGAUCUAUGCGAAUCGAAGUGUUCCAUCCGAAGUUAUCCUAAUAACUUCGACGAACUGAUCAUAACCUCACCGUCGGCGCCUACUGGUAAGAGAUCUGCGACAGCGAUGGAAACCAUGGGUGAACAGCAGCUACACACCGCAUCCAAGGUGCAUCUGAUGAACCAUCAAAACAAUACAAACAUAGAGCUAAGACUUGCAGGGGGAGUAGGUUGUGGCGGCAGUGGCGGUUACCUUGGAUCCUCUAUCGAGUCCAAAACUAUGACCUCCAACGUUUCGGAGUUGCCGUUGGCUUCGAGCAUUCGAUCGUACGUUACGCGUGUCGAUCUGCAAUCGUCUGGCGAUGAUAAUCCAAGAAAUGCUAAUAUGGGCCCGCACAAUGCUGGAAUGCCAUUUUGUGAUAUAGCCUUAACGGCCAGUUCCUCGACGACUUCGACAGUACCGCCGAUACCAUCAUCGACUUCAUCGUCGGCGUCGUCCUCGUCUUCAUCGUUGCGCAGACGUUUAGCUCUUACCGACCCAUCCUAUGUUCCUAAUCUGCAGCAGCACCAACAGUCUUGUGGCGAUAUAAAGGAUAACAGAAGCUCAACGACCUUUUACGGUACGGACGUGGAUCCAGCGGCCAAAGCGUACGAGUUCUCGGAAGAUAACGAACGAUGUGAGAAAAUCAGUGCUUUCCGAAAGCGCCGACUGGCGGACAAGAAGUAUGAAUUUUCUGAAGAACCAACCAGCGAGGAAAACAUUGAACCGUUCAAUCGGCUGCGCAACCAAAUUCGUGCUCGCGUUCCUGGCCCACGCUACAGUCCAUCUCAUCACCACUCCGGCGGAUACGGCGAUAUGAUCCCGACCACCCAUCACCUCCACCGAGCGUCUCCAAAUCACGGAUUUCGAUCGCCUUGCGGAUCACCGGUCGGCAAUCGUUAUCUACGAUCGCCACCAGGAAUAAGAUCGCCUUCCUACUACCGUCACCGCUCGCCUUCGUCCCACUCAACGCAGAUCGUGUCGGGCGGUAUGUUUGGUGGACCAGCACAGGCGAAACCACACUAUCACUAUCAACCGCCGCAGCCACUGCCGAAGAAAAUGCCUCCGCUUCACGAUCCACGAGAUUACGUGCAUUUUUUAUCGUCCAACUGCGGUACAAGUGGUAUGGGUAUGAGCCUGCACGAGAGCGUCGGUGGGGUUCAGCGUACUACUCCAGACAUUCCGAAGUUUUUCCUCGACGCCAUCCAAAAGAUGAGUGAGCGGAAGCUAGCAGGCGGCGAACAGGAGGAAGCGAUCAUCAACAACGAAAAUAACAUCAAUUGUGAUAACCAAUUGCCACCAUCGAAACGUACAAUCGCCGGUGAAGCAACAAUAGCUGUGACUCCCAAGCUGCCCGAACGGCCAACGUGUUCGAAGAAGAUUGUGAAAAUCUACGUCGAAGAGGAUGACGCCAAUUCGGUAGUAACUACGGAAGAAGAUGACUGUAUUUCGCCUGGUUAUCAUACCUCGCUGCCGAUGGAGGUACAUGGUUCGUGCUAUUCCAAUAUGCAAAUAAUCUCGCAAGCAUCAUACAGCAAGUUGAACUGUGCCGCCGUAGUCGUUACACAGAACUCGUUCGAUAUGGAAACGUUUUCCUUUCACGUCGCCAAUCACAUCUGCACCCAGGACAGCAAAAAGUAUGGUAUCUUACUCGAUUCAGCGUACGAACUGACACACGUAUGCCCGCUGACUGCAACCAUAACAUGCACGAUGGUACUUCAGUUUACGGCCAACGACGUGGACAGCAACAAACCGCAGCAGUGUAAGAGCUGUGCUGGUACGAUCGACUGUCAGACGCACCGUAAAGUGUACCAGUGUCGGUCGCUAUUCACUUGGUGCGUUAUGACCGGUGACUGGGCGGUACUGGACUACGGGAGCCUGUGCACCGGUCCGUAUCUUAAUAUGCAAAAGCUCGCUUCAAACUACAACCGGCUGUUGAAAAAGCUACGGAAGUUCACCAAGAAGCUGUUCGCGAAUGGCAACGAAAGUGAUGCCAGCGAUAGAACGUACGAGUUCUUGCGCCAUCUUCGGGUGCAUGAUUCUGAUGUGAGUAAAACGAAGGAAAGGUUGGUGGAUCUGGAAAACAUGAUCGAGUUCUAUCGACGGCACCCGGGGGAGUGUAACGAUGAUCAGUUCAGCAACUCCGAUCUGGACAGCUACGGCGAGGAGGAAGAAAAUGACGAAGAGGAGGAUGACGGGGACAGCUCAGCCGAUGAUAGCUACACCGUGAUCGGUGGCACGUCGAUCGCCUCCGACACAGUGAGCGAUGAGGACGAUCUGUGAAAGUGUUUAGUGGAUAAGGGCGAGAUAAGGCACCUUGCAAGCACAGUUUGCUGAUAAGGUUUAGUUUCGAACAUGAACACCCGGUGAACAGAUGCUUAAUGUUCAACGUGACAAAGAUAGAUAAAAAAAACGAUUGAAGAACCGUUUAAAUUUAAUUUAUUGAGCAACAGACUGGAUUCUACUACUUGUGGGUAUUGGAAAAUUGCUUUGUGAUUCCGUGACCUACGAGCUCAAAGCCCCAAGCAUGUACAUACGACGGAACACAGUGUGUUCCAUGGGUUUUGCGAUCUACAUUACGCGAUACUAGACGUUUCUACACACCUAUCCACGAUAUUAUAAUCGUAGUAAAACGGAAAGCGCUCACGAAGGGAAUGGGAAUGGGAUUUCGAAUUGCCAUGGAAUUAGAUUCGUUUAUCCAGAACGGUCCUACUACGCUCAGGUGAAAUGGGGUAUCGACUGACAUGGUAGGAAGGGGUGUGUAUUGGCUGAAUACGAAUUGAAGCGAUACGGUUAUACGGAUAGUGGUGGGAAUGUUAACAUUCGAAACGGCCAUGAGCCGGUCAGGAGGUUGUGAUGAAGUCAGAUUAAUUUUUUUUCUCUCUUUUAACGCAUAAGAAUCUGAAUAAAAUGGACAGCAAACGAACUGAA